AUGUUGUGGCUCAAGGCUGCAUUCUUAACUGGGUUGGUUGAAGCCUUGGUGAUAACCAAGGGCUCUUCGCUAAUCCCACUAGAAGGAUGUCUUAAAGCUUUACCUCGUGGCCAAGCGCUUGGGAAAGUUGCCAACAUAACGAUUACAAGCGGCGGAUUGUCGCGCUACUAUCUCAUCUCCAUUCCACCAACCUACCGGGCAGAGGUUCCAACGCCUGCCAUCUUGUCGUACCAUGGUGGCAACCGAAAUCCUGAGGAUCAACUAGAAUUGGAUCAAUUGACGAAUCCCAAAUUUAACACGGAUACGUUUGUAAUCUAUCCCCAAGGUUUCAAUGAAACAUGGCAAGGCGUUCCGGGCGUCAAGAUAAACGACGUUCAGUUCACCACAGACAUCCUCAACCAUGUCCAGAGCCAAUAUUGUAUUGACCCUUCCCGUAUCUAUGCAACCGGAAAGUCGGACGGCGGUGGCUUCUGCAAUGUCUUGGCCUGCGACCCCGUAAUGUCUCACCGCAUUGCAGCGUUUGCCCCGGUCUCUGGGGCUUACUACAUCGAUACGCUGCCCUGCGAGCCCGAUACUGUGCCCAUCCCGUGCCAGCCUGGCAGAAACGACAUUCCACUUCUUGAAUUCCAUGGCGGCAACGACACAACAAUCAGUUACGACGGCGGCGAGCGCAAGAACGAAUGUCUCCCAUCGAUUCCGCACUUCAUUCAACAAUGGGCUGUGCGAGACGGACUUGGCCUACACAAUGUCACAACCAAGGUGGCGUCGAACACUAUAUCAUACAAGUUUGGAACGGGAGUCCACUUUGGCAUGGUCGAACAUGUAUAUGAUGCAACCAUCGGACACGAUUGGCCGAGUACUGAACCAAAUCCGGAUAACCUAGCCGUGGGACAUCAUGUUGCGAGCUUCAAUGCCACCCCGAUGAUUAUGGAAUUCUUCAAGCAGCACCCUUUAAACUUUUGGGAUCUGGUUUCUGAAGUUUAG